UAAAUACUCAGUAACACAUCUCAACAGCUGCAUACUCAUUUCAUACUCACUACAAUUUCCUAACUUUGUUUGAUAAAAAUUCUAAAGACCAGACCCAGAUAUGGCUUGCAAACUUCUUUGCCUCCUCGUCGUCUUCGCCAUCAUCACCUUCGUUACCCACGGGUCUGGACCACAUUGUGGACUUAAUGACGUAACUCUGAGACAAUCGAAGUCCGGAAUGGUUGAGAGCAAACCGGUGUGGAAAGUGACACUGAACAACCCAUGUAUAUGCUUGCUCACUAACUUAAAGUUGUCAUGCACCGGUUUUGAAUCGGUCGUGCCUGUUGAUACGUUGAUAAAAACCGGUGACGUGUGUGUUCUCAACAAAGGUAUACAAGGAGACUUCGUUUUCAAAUAUGCAUGGGAUACUAGCUUCGACUUCAAGGUCAUUGAUGGCACGUUUUGCGCAUGAAAGCUUUCGAGUUAAUUCGAGCUUAAUUGAACUGAUGUUAUUUACUCAAAUAUGUUUAGAAUUUUGAUAUGAAUAAAAAAUAAUUUCUUUA